AUGCGACACCAAUACAACGCGCUGCAGUGCUAUCUUACUGCAACGAUUAGCGCGAUCUUCCUCAUUUUCGUACUCGCAUGCGACUCGGUCGCCUAUGCCGAUUCUCCCCAUGGGCCGGAUACAGAGAAUGCCUUGAACCUCCAAGGGUUGGUUACGAGUGACGGGGCUGGACUCCCACUUGCGCUAGACUCGUUCAAUGGGUUGGAACUUCGUGACAGUGUCGACGGAGAUGGCGAGUCAAAUGGACUGGACCUCGUGCGAAGGAACCCUAUUGCCUCGAAAGCACUGGGUAACAAUCAGUUCGAGACGCGGGACUCGUUCCAGAUCGGCGAUGUCCACCGGUACUACCUGCCCAAAUCAGUGGUGAACGGCAAACACGACACCCCAGGCCCCGGUCUUCCUGCAUUCAUAAAUUCUACGAAGGACGGCGAUGACCCGGACGAUGUGCUACCGAAACGAGACAUGGACUUUUCGAAACGAGCGACGACGACAGUUUACCUGUCGCUCACGACCUGCCAGAAACCAUAUACCAACAAAACCGGCGCCCAUGGCGCAUUCCCGCAGUUGCAACUGUAUGUGUCCAAUUCGGAUAAACUGCAAGAGCCAGGACCGGGCCAAGACGACUCGCUGCAGGAAGUAUACACUGCCGUUGGCGGGUAUGUGGGAAUCACCGUAGACACGGACAGCGACGUCUUCAUCGGCGUCGCAGCGCCCAAUUCAACCGACUACACGGGAGUUUACAAGUACCAGAUCGCAGCAUCCAUCGAUGCCUUUUUCCACAAUACCGUGGACGAUGAACCAAAUUUGUUCUUCAUCGACGCGGACAUGUCAGCCGCGCUGCUGGUGACGAAUAACCUGACCCUGUCCGAGAAGAACUCCACGAAUUACAAGCAGUGGAUGGACAUCGUCCCUCCAUAUACUAUGUUUGCGCACAACAUCAACGAUACAGCACUGGUGGGCUUGGAGAAAUCAUUCUGCGCCCUCGAUGCGCUUUCGCAGGUGGGCCGGAUCAGCAAUUCCACCGAGGUUGGCAUGACCAAUCGCGGACUUGGGAAUAAGCCCAAAGAACAGUUCUAUAUUACUGGACUGAACCAGAGUUCAUCGUACAGCGGUCUUCUGGCGAUGGUGGGCAAUUCGACCGUGUCCGGGAAUGGUAUCAUCGGCGGCGGCGGCCAGGUAUGGCAGCCGAUGAAUUUCACGACCAAAGCAGACAACAACUGUGGCGUGCUAUUCAACCUAACCUUCUGCUCCGAAGUCGCAUACGCAGUCCCCUCGAACCCUAAACUAAGCGUCGACAAGCUCCGCACAAUCUACGAUGACUACGCCGCCGCCUUUUACCAGAACUUCACCUAUUCCCUCCAACAAAUCCAAUGUAAAACCAACGAAGAAUCCAUGUUCUCCCUCGCCGUCAACUGCGAAGACUGCGCAGAUGCCUACAAACAAUGGCUCUGCGGGGUCACGAUCCCCCGCUGCGCGGAUUACAGUAGCAAUGCCGACUACCUGGUCGUCCGUAACGCAGGCCAAGCUUUCAUCAAUGGCACUUCUCUGCCGGAUGAUAGCCCCUUCCGGCAAUCCGUGGCGUCGAAUAAAUCCCGCAAUGCGAUCAUUGAUGAGCAGAUCAUGCCGGGUCCCUAUAAGGAGAUCCUGCCUUGUCAGGAUAUCUGUCAUACUCUCGUCCAGAGUUGUCCAUCUGCACUUGGCUUCGGAUGCCCUGAGGGCGCCUGGAUGAAUUCUUCUUAUGGACAUCGGAAUUCAGAUGGUAUUAUUACUUGCUCUUAUCUUGGGGCUGUGUAUUAUUUGAACCUUGGAGUGAAGAUGGGUGCUUGGGGUUGGAUGUUUAGUUUGUUGGUUAUGGGGGUUAUGUAUUUACUGUAA